AUGAACACAACCGUAUCAAGUUUUCAACAAAAUUUAUCAUCCGAUAGAAAAACCGUAGAUAAAGUUCAAAAAGAUGUAAAAAAAUGGGUCGAUUCUGUUGUCGAAUUCAAAGCAAAUCUCGAUAAGAAAAAAAACGAACCUCCUCUCGAAAAACAUUUAAAGAAAAUUAAGAAGUUUAAAGUAAAAAAAAAGACAAGUUCCUCGGCAUUAAAAGUCACAACACCCAAAAGUAAAUUCGAACAAAUAAAAGAAAUAUAUAAAACCGUUAAACUUCCACAUAAUUGGACUUCGGGUGUUUCAAGCGGACGAAUCGUGUUCAAUAGAAUUCAUUUAACGACGCAAAAUUCGCAACAGAAAAUGGCCGUAGAAAGAAGUUUGGUCAUAACGAAAGAUUGCAACACUCACGUUUUGAUAAAAGGCUCUGAAAUUGUCAUGAACAAUUGGGAAAUGCAAAAAAUCAAUUCCGUUGAUGAUGUGAAAAAAGCAAUUAAAGAAAUCGAUUCUCUUAAACUAACCGACAACACGCCCGUCAACAAUGUUAAAAAUCCACAAUGUUACAUAUUUACAGAGGAAAACGAGUCCGGCGAAAAAGAAAACAUCACCCAAACAAAAAACGCAUUAUAA